GCGAUUUGCCACGUACACAUUCGACCUGUGUGCCAACAAUGCAUUAAAUAUGAGCUAAAAUCGAAAGAAGUAGCAGCGAAACAUGUGUAAAUCUACCUUUUGAACCCACCAUCGCUUGGAAAAUUUGGCGACGGUGAAGUUAUCUCCCCAAAUCUCUCUUCAUCCUCCUUAUUUCGAGGUCAAGCUAGAAAAGGCGUCAUGAUGAGGAUGCUUUCAAGAUUUCUACUUUUACUUUUGCUGGUUCUCCCAUCCACACUGCUGUUCACAAGCAAUAAUGGUGCCCUGGCUGCCAAAGAUCAGAGAGAAACUCGUGACAACCUUGAAGAUAUCUUGGAUGGGGAGGAGAUAGAGGAAGAGGAGGAGGAAGAUGAAGAAGAUGGACAGGUUGAGACAGAAGAAGAUGUAGAAGAAGAAGGGACAGCAGUAGAAGCAGGAGAAGGGGAAGAGGAGGAGGAUGAAGAGGAAGAGCCCCCACUGAAGGCAUCACCAGAUGCUGACACAACCUUUCUUUUCACUACAAAUUCAGAGAAAGAAAUCCCAGUGACUAUCCCAUUACAAGUCUUGGUUGGAUUUACAAACAAUGGCCAACUUGAUUUCACAAUUGACAGUCUACAUGCAUCUCUACGGUAUCCACAGGACUUCUCAUUUUACAUGUACAAUUUCACAGAGAAAGAAUACAACACAGUAGUAGAACCCAACAAAGAAGCAACAUUUGAAUAUUCAUUCCAAGCAGGAGAGGUCUUUGCUGCACGUCAGUUUGGAUUCGUUGUUGAGCUCGCAUACAAAGAUUCAGAAGGAAACCUUUUUUCAGAUGCUGUUUUCAAUGACACAGUUUCUCUUAUUGAAUUAGAUGAAGGUCUAGACACAGAAACAUUUUUCCUGUAUGUGUUCCUAGCAGCAUUGAUUGUUCUAGCUUUUGUUGUAAUACAACAAAUCAUGGCAUCCUUUGGGAAAAAGAAGAAGCCAUCAAAACAAGUUGUUGAAACUGGAACCUCUAACCACACAGAUGUAGAUUAUGACUGGAUUCCAAAAGAAAAUAUUGCAGUUACAAAAAAAACACCAUCACCACGCAGAUCUCCAAGGAGGCGCACAAAGAGAUCAACAGGAUCAGGAGAUGAGUAAACAAUAAUCAAUAAUGUAGAUUCCAAAUUAGAAAAACCUUAGACAACUAUUGAAUAAUUGCCAGAUACUCGCAUGAACCCAUCAAAUCAAAUUCAUAAAGGAGGUUCAUUUUAGAACAUAGGCACCAUUUCAUGAAGCUUGUCAGCACUGAAAAGUCAUUCUCUGACAGUUCCUAAUAGUUCCUAACGGUUACUAUACUAACAGGCAGAAACCAGUGCUUCUCUGCCAAUCAGAACCAAUGAUUUAGCUGAAAUUGUCACAGCUGAUAAUUUAGCCAUUGAUGAUAACUUUCAUGUAAUUCACGCUCCCCCCCCCCCCAUUGUUUUUUGGCUCAGAAUCAUAAUUGUCUUACUGUUACUUUAGUAACUUUAGUAAAUUCAACAUGCCCUUUCAUGAUACAUUUAUGCUCCCUUGGUCUACUUACAGGUAUCCUGUAAGCUUGGGCAAUAUGAGCUUGCAUUAUCCCUAUUUCAGUAUGCUUAGCAAUGUGGGGACCUCCUUUGUGAAUUCUGGCUAUCAAAGUAGCAUUCCACACAUAUUAGAAUCCUACAAGAUUGAUCAAACUGGAUCAUCACAAGUAAUAAUAGUAUUUGAAGGUUUGAACAUCUUGCUAAAUGACUUAAUCCAACUGUUUUUGUAAAAUAUGAGAAUACAAAGCUGUUCAUACGUGUUGUAUGUUUUAUUGUGUCAUUUUGUAAUUAAGUGUGUGGACUCAGAUGUGCAUAUGUCUACCCUUAUGCAUUGACUUGCUUUCAGAGAAGCAAUGAAGGAACCAUGAUGGUCAUAUGCAGUAAUAUUUCAGUGUUGAAAUCAUGACUUUCUCUUACAAUUUUCCCAAACUUCACAUUAAAAUCUUAAUGUGUCAUCACUGAUUGUACAUAAUAGAGCUAUGAUAAGGAACCUUGGACAUAAAACCUUGUUCUCUUAUUGUCUUGUAAAUUCUGCUUUCCAUGAUGGGAUUUCAAUACAAAAAUUACUGUUUUUUCCUCUUUUUUUUCUCUAGAAUAUUUAGGACAUGUUUUUGGAAUGCUUUAUUUCUUAUGUAGUUUUGUCUUUUUGAAUGUUAGAUAUGUCAGUUAUCCUUUCUUUUGGUGGUGAUGGGUAGAGAUCAUCAAAGAAUUCAAUACUAUUGCAAUAUGCAUUUGAAAUAUGCAAUGCUAUUCAUUUAUUUUUCUUGGCUCAACAAGAGAAUAAUUGAGUGAUAAACAGAAAUUGUCAUUAAUGUACAAGUAAAUUUCAAUAUUGCAAAUGUGAAUUUGGCACAAUUUUGUAUUUUGUAAUUACCUGAAUUUAAAUUCCAUUAUGUGUGUUAUCCUUGUUGGUAAUUCUGUAUUUCCAAGGAGCUCAGAGCUCAUUAAAAGUCCCCUGACAUGCAAAUGCAUAAUAUCUUCUGUAAGUAUUGUGAGUUUUUGCUUGAACACCAAAUCAUUACCUGUUUGGUAUAAAUGUGCAUCAUGUGAUUUCAAUAUUUUUUAAUUUAAUUUUUCUUGCAUUUGUUUGCAGUGUGCUAAGCCCCGCCUCCUUAAAAUCUACUAGAUAAUUUUUUGCCUCUUGUGAUGUCACAGGAGGCAGUAAUAAGCAUAACAAUACACAAUGCAUUGCAACUUGCCAUAAAUAUGUACUUACAAUGGCAUCAUAAGUCUUAAAAAAUUACCACCUCACAACUUCUUUGGAAAACAUUUUUGACAAUUCAGUAACUAUGACAGUUUGAAUGGUUGUGAUAUGGUAUUGUAUGAAGACUUGUGAUGCCAUUGUAAGUACAUACUUGUAGUUAUGGCAAGUUGCAUAGCAUUGUGUAUUAUGCUUUUCCUGCCUCCUGUGACAUCACAAGAGGCAACAAAUUAUUUAGUGGAUUUUAAGGAGGCGGGGCUUAGCAUACUGCAGAUAAAUGCAAGAAAAAUGAAACAAAAAAUAUUGAAAUAAUACAAUGUACAAAUAGAAACCUAACAUGUAAUGAGUUGAUGAAGUAACGACCCAUACACAUAACUUGAACAUAUUAUGCAUUUGCUUGUCAGGCAAAACCUGAUUUGUGAUUACAUGUAAGUGUACUGAUUUUCUUAAUUGAAAUGUGAGUGAUGCUAUGAAAUAACACUUAAACAUAUAUGUUCCUUUUCUUGUGUAAAUACUUAUGUACAUCUCUUAUAUUUUUUUCUUUGAAUUCAUUCCUUUAUGGUCCACUCCCCAUAGAUAUAGUAGUGAAGGAAUUCUAUCUUGCCUUAGAGCAAAUGUCUAAAAUUAUAUUUUUUGUGAUAUAAAUUUAAUAAAAGACUUGAGCAAAACUAAUAUAUCUUUUUUUAACCAAAAAAAAAACGUGAGGAGUACCAUGUUCACAUUUACAUGUAUUAAAUUAUUGAUACGGAUAUUUAGCAGUAUUACCAGUGUUUAGGGUUCUAGUAGUAUUUCCUCAUAGAUAUUGACUUGUAGAACAUUUGGACAUAGAUAAGUACAAGUAUGAUCUCUAGUGGAGCUUCUCUCUGCUGAACAUUUGUUUCUUGAAUUUUCCUUCUUUAGAUUUGAAAACGGGGCAUUGUGCAAAGUUAUAACACAUUUUUGUAAGCCCCCAAAUUAUAAAGGCAGAGGGAAGGUUUUUUUUUUAAUUGAAAUUCAACUGCCAUUGGAAUUAUACAUUCAAGAUAGUUCAAAGACAACUGCAUGUAUUUCAUAUAAUGAGUAUGAAGGAGAAUAGAUAUCUCUCUCUGGUCAAACCAAAACAAUCUAUGUAACUAAAUGAGCUCAUAUCCACCUUCCUUGUGCAUUGAAGAGGGUGUAGGUCUGUAGGGCAUGCGAUGUAUUACCAUACAGUGUAGAAUGAGUUUCCUAUGAUUAAACCAUACAUUACUGGUGUGUUUGAUAUUACAAUCAAAUUUCUUAUGAUACUAUAGUAAAUAAACAAAACAAAAUGAACUAACCA